AUGCCUGUCCGCCUUCGCCUCGCAAGGCACGGCACUCGCAAUGCUCCCUUCUACCACGUCGUUGCCAUCCCAGACCACAAGCCCCGUGAUGCCCGGCCCAUCGAGAAGCUGGGCGAAUACGACCCGAUUCCUCGUGUUCGCAAGUUCACGCCGCCGCAAAUGAGCCCGCAUGCCAACAUGGCAGUGACGUCGAGUGGAUUGCCGAGUAAAGAGCAGCUGGAAAAGAAGGAGAAGAGGCUCGAGUGGAACACCGAGAGGAUCAGAUAUUGGCUCAGCGUGGGAGCACAGCCGUCGAAGCCCGUCGCCAAGAUGUUGGACAGGGCCGGUCUCAUCCCCGAGGGCAAAUGGUUCAAGGGAAUGUAUCGUCCGCCAGCAGAAGCAUCCCACUUCAACCCGCAACUCGAGACAGCCGAUGGCGCUGCCUCGGCCUCAUCAUCGUCAAACGCAGCAUCAUCAGCAAAACCACCACCACCAGCACCCGCAGAAAAGCCUUCAGCAGCAUGA